AGCCUCAUCACAAACACAAAGCAUUUCACCACUUGUCUAAGAAAACAAAAGCCUACUAGCUUAUUUGCUUCGUUCAUUGCUUGUUAUUUGUGUUUUAGAAUCGAUUUUUAAGAAUGGCUGGUGAGUACAACAAAAGCCACGAGUACGAGACCAAGGCCGAGGAGGGCGGUCCAGUUGAGACCCAGGAUCGUGGGUUAUUUGAUUUCUUGGGUAAGAAGAAGGAGGAGGAGAAGCCUAUUCAUCCUGAACAGGAGGAGGUGAUUGUCACCGAGUUCGAGAAAGUCAAGGUGUCUGAGCCUGAGCCAGCUUAUGUAGACUGCAGCAAACCUGCAGAGCAUGGUUAUCAUCAUGAGGAACAUAAGGAGGAGGAGGUGGAGAAGAAGCACGAAACUCUAUCCGAGAAGCUUCGCCGAUCCGACAGCAGCUCUAGCUCGUCUAGCGACGAGGAAGGAGACGACGAAGAGAAAAAACAGAAGAGGAAGGAGAAGAAGGGACUGAAGGAAAAGAUCAAGGGGAAGAUCUCCGGCGACAAAGAAGAAGAGAAGAAACACGGCUACGAGCAGGACACUGAGAUCCCGGUGGAGAAGUUCCACGAGGAACACGGCCAUCCCUACGAUCACGGCCCAGUCGUCCACCACCAUGAGGAGCCAAAAGUUGAACCAACUGCUGUGUACGGAGAGGAGGAGAAGAAAGAGGACGAGAAGAAGGGUUUCCUUGAGAAGAUCAAGGACAAGCUUCCCGGACACAAGAAGCCAGAGGAUGGUCCAGUUGCGUCUCCACCACCGCCGGAGUAUGAAAAUGUUGAGCCUGCUUAUCAUGAAGGUGAGGUGAAGGAGAAGAAGGGUUUAUUGGAGAAGAUCAAGGAGAAGAUUCCCGGGUACCAUCCCAAGACUGAGGAAGAGAAGGAGAAGGAAAAGGAGAAAGAGAAGCCAACUGGUUCUUACUGAUAGGUUUACUUUUGUGUCCGAAAGAGUGAUCGAUGAUGAUGGUGUGGGGUGUUGGCGUCUUUAGUUAUUUUCUGGGUGGUUUUUCUUUUUGAAAAAAAAAAAGUAUAUAUAGGGAAAAUGUUUCAUCUAUAUCUGCUUAUUUGUAAGUUUGUUUAUUAGUUAGGAGUUUAUGUUUUCAUAUUAAGGUCAUCAUUUUCUUAUUUUGUUUGUGAUUUAAAAAUUGUUGUUAAUAAUAUUCCUAUUGUAUUUUCUUUA